UCUCUCUCUCUCUCACUCUCUCUGAUCCCCAAAUCUAGGGCUAAUUUCAUCAGAGAGAAACAAAAACUGAAACCUCUAAAAUCUUCAACAGUCAAGGCCUUAAUUAUCGUCGUUAAGAGUUUAAACUGGAAGCUUUUCUUUGCUUAGCUCGCUUUCUAUUUGUUGGUUUUUCAAGAUGGAGAGCUUGAACAGCUUUUGGCAAUUAGGUGAUGAACUUCGAGGGCAGUCCAAGGUCUCUGAGGAUCACAAGUGGUUAAUGGUUGCUUCAAAAUUGGCUGCGCAGACAAGAUCAAAGGGUGAGCGUAUGAAUAACCUUGAUCUUUCAAACGGUCCUGCUGAAACAAGGUCAAAGGACAAAUUUGGUUACCAAGAAGAUAACAAAUUUGAAAGCCUUAACUUCAACAUGUUGAACUUGGAAUCUAAAAUAACUGAAAAUGUGAGCAAAGGUUCCUUCAGAAAUGGCAUGUACAAUAUGAACGCUGUGUACCAGAAAAACAAUGCGAACAUUGUGGGUAACAUUACCAGUAACAAGUAUACUGGUAAUAACAUCAGCACUAAGGACUUAAACAACAACAGCAACAGCAACAGCAACAGCAGCAAUAACAAUGAAAACGGCAACGCAAACAAUGCUGUUGACAAAAGGUUCAAGACCUUGCCAGCGACUGAGACACUUCCGCGGAAUGAGGUGCUUGGAGGAUACAUCUUUGUAUGUAACAAUGACACAAUGCAGGAAGAUUUAAAGCGGCAGUUAUUUGGUUUACCUCCAAGAUACAGGGAUUCUGUUCGGGCAAUAACACCAGGCUUGCCUCUGUUUCUCUACAACUAUACUACUCACCAGUUGCAUGGGAUUUUUGAGGCAGCAAGUUUUGGUGGUUCAAACAUUGAUCCAACUGCCUGGGAAGAUAAGAAGUGUAAAGGAGAGUCGAGGUUUCCUGCCCAGGUAAGGAUCCGAAUUAGAAAACUCUGUAAAGCUUUGGAAGAGGAUGCAUUUAGGCCAGUGUUGCAUCACUAUGAUGGUCCCAAGUUUCGUCUGGAGCUAUCAGUCCCAGAGACAUUGGAUCUAUUGGACCUAUGCGAACAAGCAGGCACCGCAGCAUAAGCUAAAAGUUGGCAGAAAUAUGGCAACUUAGUAGGGUUUUGUGGUAAAUUCGCAAAGGUGGUGUGUGGUGUUUAGCAGAUUUUCCAUGGAGCGCAAGCUUGGGGUUUAAGUCUGAUAGAGCGAACCUUGAAUUCGAAGUUAGGUUGAUACUGAGCGAGUGAGAGGCUGGUGAAUAAAAUUCUGCUGGUGUCAUGUAAGUUUAUGAUGUGCUAUGUUAUAAAAGUAAGUUUGUGUCGCAUAACAUUUGGGAGUCUUAUAUUUAAGAGAAAGGUCGACUCGCAAUGUGAUGUAAAAGAGAGAGGAUGAUAGAUGUGUAAUGGCAAAGACCUCUUUAAGGUUAGGGCUUUUUUAAGUGAUUGUAAACCCAGGGCCGCCUAAAGGUUCUGGUCACUUAGGCCUUUUCCUAGGGCCCUCACAAAAGAAGGGCUAACCUUAUAAAAAAUGGACUUUUAUUUUAA